CAUACCAAGACAUCCAAUCAAAUAGCCCCAUACUAAAAUGUCUUUAUCUUCCACCCAGUAAUAUUAAAUCAACCGCUGGUCGGCGCAAUAAGGAAGGGCCCACACCGGAGAAAGCGUUCCACCGUGAAUUUUCAACACAUUUUGCUGCUUUUACGUUUUAGAUUUUCAAGUUAAACUACCAUCAUGUCAGACGCCGAACAGCAGUAUAUGGAGACGUCUGAAAACGGACACGAGGGCGAGGAUGAUCUAAAUGGAGCCGGGCAAUACGACGAGGCGGGGGACAACGGGCAGGCCGGAGCGCAGGGAGACGCCGGUGCCGACGAAGCCGGGAAUGGCGACGACCCGCAGAAUGGAGGCUCGGACGGCGGCCAGAUCGAUGCAAGCAAAGGAGAAGAAGAUGCGGGGAAAAUGUUCGUCGGUGGGCUCAGCUGGGACACUAGUAAAAAGGAUCUUAAAGACUACUUCUCCAAAUUUGGAGAGGUUACAGACUGCACCAUCAAAAUGGACCCCAACACUGGAAGAUCGAGGGGAUUCGGGUUUAUUCUUUUCAAAGAAUCAGCUAGUGUAGAUAAGGUUUUAGCACAAAGUGAGCACAGAUUGGAUGGACGGCAGAUCGACCCUAAGAAAGCAAUGGCUAUGAAGAAAGAACCAGUGAAGAAGAUCUUUGUUGGUGGUUUGAAUCCUGAAACUACAGAAGAGAGGAUUCGAGAGUAUUUUGGUGCCUUUGGAGAGAUCGAGACUAUUGAGCUUCCGAUGGAUCCAAAGACAAAUAAGAGGAGAGGAUUUGUCUUCAUCACAUUUAAGGAAGAGGAAGCCGUCAAGAAAGUUCUCGAGAAGAAAUAUCACAACGUCAGUGGAACCAAGGACACAAAUGGAAAAGAAGGCCUUUGUGAGAUUAAGAUUGCACAACCCAAGGAGGUGUACCAGCAGCAGCAGUAUGGAAGUCGAUUUGGAGGCCGAGGAAGGGGGCGUGGAGGUCAAGGACAGAACUGGAAUCAGGGCUACAAUAACUACUGGAAUCAAGGCUACGGCAACCAAGGCUACGGCUACGGUGGGCAGCAGGGUUACGGUGGAUACGGCGGCUACGGCAACUACGAUUACUCGGCGGGUUACUACGGCUACGGCGGCGGAUAUGACUACAACCAGGGAAAUACAAGCUAUGGAAAAACUCCGAGACGUGGGGCUCACCAGAGUAGCUACAAGCCAUACUGAUCAUGUGUAGUGCAGGUCGUAAAGCUACAGAUCCAGAAGCAGCGGUCUGGUCGCAGUGAACAUUGGGGUCUUUUACUUUUGGAAGUUGGCAGAGUCUGGACUUCUGCUUCAUUUUGUACAGAAAACAAAGAACUGGGGGGAGCAAACGUCACAUCACUUUUGUUUUAUCAUUUUUUUUGUCCUUUUUACAUUUCCAGAGAUGGAAGUGUUAUUUUUUUACUGUACUUUUUGGUACCUUUGAAUCUAAUGUAUUGUAUGGUUGUAUUUUACAUCUUGGCUGUGUGUACCACAUCUAGACUCGAAUAUCUCAAAUUGAUUUCAUAAUAAACGUUUUGGUUAAUUUUUCUUUGGUGUUUCUAGAUUAUAUAUUUUCUUUUCUGUUUGCCACCUGUACUCUGUGUUGCGAUGUUGCAUGGCUUAAAGGUAAAAUGGAAAAGGGAUUAUUUUUCUUUUUUUUUUUGAUGAUUGUAUGCUUGUCCUGUUAGUGGCAAGUUCUUAGCAAGUUUUGGUGACUUUUCUCUACUGCUUUUAAGAAAAAAUUUCUCCCGUCUUGUUAGAUAUUUAAAAGUGGCUUUAAUAGUGAAUAAACUAUUACCUCAGAGCAUAAACAGGUAACUGUAACAGGAUUCUUUCUCGAAACACUGGAAAUGCAUUCCUCCAGUGUCUUGGACAAAUUUCAAGAAAUAAACAUGAUUUUUAAGA